AUGCCUUCGAUCGAGGAGCUGGAAGCACGCGCUGAAUGUAAAGUGACGCGGCCCAAGAAUUAUAAGGAGGCCGACGACGCGGACAUCCGCGUGCUGUUCCCCGAGGUCAUGAAGAACUGCGGCGACAAGCUCGCCGAAUGUAUGUGCGAGGACCACCAGAAGGUCGCCGCACUGGCGGCCACGUGCGUCGGCGCGUCGGACGCGUCGAACUCGUGGCUGCUGCUCGGGCACCACAACACGGUCGAGCGCCCGUUCGAGCGUUUUUUUGCCAAGCGCUUCACCGAGGUCCCUUUUUCGCUCUUCGCGGCGGAACGCGACGCCUAUUGCCGGCGGUGGUUGGCCCGCGCGGCAGCGGGCGACGUUACGGCGAUUCGCUUAGUGGCGAGGCUCUAUCUCGGCCACAAGCAGUGCGCGUGCGAGGCCUCGCAGCAGGUGAUGGCCGCGUGUGGCGAGGACGAAGAGGAGUGCCUCGAAAUCUACCGCAACCUCGUCGACACCUUGGGAACCACCAUCGUGAACGUCUACGGCGAGGAGGUCGGCUACGUGCACGUCGGCCUGCUCGAGUUGCUGGCCGGCGACACCGUUCCUCCGAGAUGCAGCCAGGCCAAGUCAGAGGCCAGAAACCCCUCGUUCCCCCACGUGGCCUGGGCCAAGGUGGCGGCCGACCGCAACGCCUUCGCGAAAGAGGUCAAUACGGCCGACAUCGCGCCCGAGCGGUUGGCGCAGUUCCGGGUGUCCUAUGACACGCCGCUCAGCUCGCUCGUGAAAGUCCUCUCCGUGGCCUGGAUCGAUGGCAAGCGCACGAUCAUCGGCUGCGUCGGCGGCGAGCGCAUCGUCGCCAUCCUCCACGCGCACUGUGGUCUCUACAAGGCCCGCGACGAGGCCAUCGACCUCUCGAGCGUGGCGGCCUUCGACAAGACGUACGGCCCCAUCCUCGUGCGCACGAUGGACAAGGACUCCACGUUACGCUACGGCACCUCGCUUGGAUACGAGUUCUCGCCGCCGCACCGCCUCCUCGCCGCGGCCGUCGGUGCCAAGAACCGCGAAGACUUCAAGGCCGGAACUGACGAGGCGCUCGACCCGAAACUAGUCGACUGCAACGGGUUUCCGGACUGCGAGUCGGCGCUUCGUUUCUGGCUGUUACAGUUGAGACUGCGGAAGAUGCUGAACACGCCGAACGCCGUCCCGGGCAACUUACGUGCGGCCGUCCUGGCGUAUUCCAAGCUCGACAUUAAGUGGGCCACAAGCAAAAUCGACGGUGUUACCGUCCGCCCGCUCCUCGACUACAAGAACAGCAAGAAAAUUAAACAACAAGGCGGAUCCGCCGACGCGCAGAAGGCGGCCGACUUCAUCGAGUGCCAGUACUUGCUGUCGAACGUGGACGCGUACAGCGAGGCCUUACCAUUGGCGCUGCGGGCGGCGACGUACCUCGAAGACGCCUCGGAGGGGCGCUACGACAUCACCGAGGACGACCUCAAGGCCUACAUCGCGGAGCGCCAGCUCGACGCGGACCGGGCCAUGUUCGACUUCGAGCGCGAGAACAUUCUGGGGCGGUCGCCGCGCCUGCGUCUCGCGGCGCUGCUGCGGUAUUCGUCGAUUCUCACGAAGGUCCAGCUGGAAGAUCUCGUGAAAGACGUCGAGUGCCUCGAGCGGACCUGGUCUGGGGCGAAGAAAAAAGGUCAUAAUGACGCCCCCAGCGUUAGUGCGAAGGUCCAGGCCCAGCUCCGUGCGGCGCUCGCCGAGCUCCCGGAGUCGGAUCCGCCCGACCCCAACUGCCCCGUCGGCGCGCGCGUCAAGGUCGAGUUCGAUGAGGACGACGCGGCCCCCGAGUUCGGCUACAUCGUCGAAUGCCGCGACGACAAGUACUACAUCGUCUUCGACGACUACGACGCCGAUGACUGGUACGAGCUCGACGAGGGCGGCCUCACGGUCCUGGGGGCCUCUGAGUGA